AAAGGAGACGCUGUUGUGUUGUAUGUGUGUUCGUUUUAUAUAUGCUGAAUUCUAUAUUUUGCUGCGCUUGCCUGCUGGGACUGGUGCGCGCAUACACGCGAGGUGGGAAGCAAUAUUUGCGACGCAAGUAGGAAACCGAACAACGAGGCAGCAAAACUGAGGCGUCACUGCUCAGUGCUCCGAAACAGCUCGAGUGUUCGUCUUUCUCUCUCUCUCUCUCUAUUGCGUUGACGUUCCUCGCAUUAUAUUAUAUACAGAUAUAUAUUUAUAUAUAUGUACGUGCGAUCAGAGUAGUGUCGAUCACGUUUCACGAGGAUAUCCUUCGCGAGCUGCAAACAGAGAAUAGGCUACGACGACGACUGGAUAAAAGGAUAAAAGCAAAGAGAAGAGUAUACGCUUUGUAAGGAGAGCCGUUGUAAUAUAGCUUACGAUUCUUGCGCCGCACUCGCAGCUCACAGGAGGAGGCUCGUUCCGUACUAUACCUGCCCUACAAGUUAAUUUUGGUACACUUGGCGAUUCUAAAUCGCAAACCGCUGCUGAUCCAAUCGAUUACAAGUUCAACCAAGCUAGUGUAAUGAACAUGAAAAUCCACGCCGCCCCUUCAGAAACUGGUUGUUACGGACUUGAAAUUCCUUCAAUGGACUUCGUUUAUGAGGGUUCAGAGCCUGAAUCUGAAUCGACUACGUCUGCCACACCGGACAAUGACUUUUCAGAUUACUUAUGGAUGGCAGAUGAAGAAGAACACGACUCGAACUUUAUGAGAGAUUUAGAGGAAAGAGAACUAAUGAGGGUUUGCGAGGAGCAACACAGAAUGGAUCAGUUACAAGAUGAGCUGGAUAACGCGUGCGAGAGUAUAGAAUUGAGCGCGCAGCUCGAUAACUUAAGAGUCGAUGUCGACAUUGUAAAUGAGAGUACACUUAAUCCAGAAGCGGCUGAGUUUGUUCCAAACUACAGUAGUACGCAAGAGAGCAAUUCUGAGUCGUCGUAGAAGUCCCAAUUUUCACUCCUUACUUUUUAUAAAAAUACAAAAAACAAAAAAAUCCAUUAUACUGGCAUGUGUAGAAUAUAAAAUUAUCGAAUGAACUUCCCAUAAUCGAUAAAUGAUUAGGUACACAUACGUUAACUGUGUAAGAUCAAAUUAUAAUAGAUAUAAAACUAGAUAAAAGAAAAACAAAAAGUGCAAAGUAGUAGUCAUAUACAAAAAAAAAACAUAAGAUGAAAAAAAUCAGUUAUAAUGCUGUCCGAUUUAUAUAAUUAAUAUAAUAUGUAUAUUAUUGAUAAUGAAGAAACAGAGUGAGAAAGCACGUGUUGUACAUAAAUAUAUUUGCUGUAUUUCAUGAGCAAAAAAUUUGUUUUACUGUAUAUUAAUAGUUUAUGAAUAAUCAUGGGAACAUUUUUAUCAAUUGAAGGACUUAAUAAUUCCUUAAUAAAUCAGAAUUUCAAUCAUUAAAUUACGUUUUUGUUCAAUUUGCAUCGGAAAAAAACAAUAACAGAAUUUUUCGUCAAGUUAAAAAAAAUGCAUUUUACUAGAUUCGUAAAUCGAAUGUUGCUUUUUUAAAAGCGCUUAUUCUAUUCAUCUUGAAGAUGUAAAUACGAGUUGAAGAUUAAAAUAAAUUGUAUUAUAUUUUCAAGACUUACGAGCCUCGCUUGUUGAACGCUAGUCUAGUCUUAUGAGAUUUAUACUCAAAGGCAAUCCUGUUAUGACUAAUUUAAAUUUUAAAUAAACAACUUUGAUUAUUCUACCAUCUUUAAGCUCAAAGUAAAGCAGAUGACACGUGCAAACAAAAACAAUAAAAAUAGCUAUAUAAAAAGAUAUGUAAAAAAAAUUGUUUUUAGAUUUUUAGAUUUGUAUAUUUGGAUAUUUAUACUCGAAAAAUUGAAUUUAUAAGAAAGUGAGUAUAGUAUUAUCCAGUAGAUUUCUAAUUUAGUUAAGGUAUCAAUUUCGGUAAAAGUGUCUAUUUGAAGUGAUGCGUUGACUAUUUUGUACUUAUCUUACAUCUCUAUUUGAAUGUCUUCAAUUUUUAAUAUCACUAAUGAUGGUUACAAGAAAAAUGUACACUUUGAAUAUUUUCACCAAUUUUACAUUUUUACGCCAAAAACCUCUCACAAACGAUUUGAAAGUCAAUGUCAUCAGUAAUUUUUCGUUACAGACCGAAGAGUCUUCCUUUAGGUUUAAAGAGACUCUUAAACUAUAAUUUUACAAGUUUUCUUUUUAUACACUUUUUUAAUUAAUUAUGUAAUUGAAGAAAAAUACCAUACGGUACUAAUUUCAUUUGGCUACUUAUUAUUACUGUAAAUGGUGCUUGAUUCAUGAGAAUUUAAGAAUGGUAUCAAAGCUGAAUCUCUAAAUAAAAAUAUACGUACUUUUGGGUAGAAAUAUUUUCCUUUAAAGCUGUAGUAAACCAUUUAAAAAACUCUAGUAUACAUGUUUCAUUUGUUUAUUUCACAGACGUAAAUAUUGAUACUGUUUUCUACUGGCUUAGAUUCGAUCAUUUUUGUCUGUCCAAAUGAUUUAUAAAUUGAUUAAUGAAAAUAAUCAGAAUAAAAUCUUGACCAUUUGUUAAAUGUCUAACAAACGUUCUUAUCACUGUAAUUUGAAGAAAUGCCCGCUGUUUGGUACAAUCUAAAUGUAAACGCAUAUACCACCUCAUAAUUAAUUAUAUUAUUGAUUAUAAUUUGUAAGUCAAGCCAAGUAUAUAAAACGUGUAAAUUCAUCACAUACAAUGUUUUUUCACUAGUGUUAAUUAACUGAUUUGAUAUCGUUUUUGUUGUAUGGAUCGACAAAGUAAGUUGAAUGUGAGCGUAAAAGCAAAUACGUUUAUUAUUUGAUUCUGAAAAUAAUUUUGGGUAUAAUAAUUUAUGAUUAUAAUCAAUAAUAUCAUAAUUGUAGCAGUUAAAAGCGCGUUUAAAUGUAAAAAUGUAUAGCAGAUUAAAUUGUACAAAAAACAAUGGUGCGCCACAAGAAUUUUUGAGUAGUAGAAUCACUAAAUUAGCGGUUAUUAUUAUUAUAACUAAAUGUAUAAAUUUUAUGAGUUCAUUAAAUGUUGGAGAGUGAUUCAAAGUUUUAAAAAAUGUAAUUUUAUGAAAUUCGAGUACAAAAGUAUAUAAGUUCAAAAUGUAACUAAUAAGUUUAAUGAGUUAAUUUACAUUUUACUAAUUGGUAACUGAAGAAUUCAACCGAGUUAUAGUUACAGUUUUACGUUGGAUACGUAAUGAUGAUUUUUAAUAACAUUUCAUUUUUUAUAUUUUUGUCAUAAAUGAUGAAUUGAGAAUGAAAAUACUAGAUUAAUAAUGUCAUUGUUAAUAUUUCAUUGAAAUGUUUGCUUUAAGAUGUUCCAGAUAAUCUCUAAGUUUCAGGAUAAAAAACUACAGCAUUUUAAAUUAUCAUUAUUUUGUUUGUAGCAUUUAAACGACGGCAUUAUGCCAAUAAAAAAAAAUAAAAAGACUACGCCAAAAACUCAA